UUUCUUUUUUCUUUUUUCUUUUCUUAAAAUAAAAAAAGAAAAAACAAAGUUGAUUUUUUUUUUUAAAAUAAAUAUUUAAGUUUUUUUCGUUUUUUUGUUUUUAAGAUAAAAAUGUCGUUAAACUAUGCAAGAGAAUUAUUAAAAAUUAGCAUAAGUCAAUUAUGUGAAGCUAUUGGAUUUGAUACAACAUCUGAAAUGACAAUUGAUAUAUUAGUUGAUGUUUGUGAAAGACAAUUUCAAUAUUUAUCUAAACAAACAUCAAAUAUAAUACAAAUAAAUAAUCAUUCAAAUAUUAAUUUUAUUGAUAUUUUAUCAAUUUUAAUUGAUAAUAAUAGAGAAAAUUUUAAUAAUUUACAAGAUUAUAUGUUACAAUUUAAAUCAUUACCAUUUUCACAAGAUAUUAUUAUAUUUCCAUAUAAAAAAAGAAAUCAAUUUUAUUUAAGAAUUCCACCUAAAAAUUCACAAGAAAUUAUUCAAAGAGAUCUUAAUCAAUCAACUGAUUAUAUUUAUGAUUGGUUACCACUUUUUCCUGAUCAAGAAACACCAGAACAAUCGACACCUGUUAUAAUUGAUACUCAUUUAGAUGUUAAUAUUUAUCAUGAUCAACAAAAAAAAAUUGACAAGUAA